AUGUUUGACUCUACACAAGAAUAUAAAGUUGUGGAAUGUUCUCAGUGCAAUUAUAUUAAUAUCGGUGAUGAUAUUCAAAUUUGUGAGGGAUGUAGAAAGAAUCCAUAUAAUGUACAUGAUUCACCGAAAAAAUUUCGUCCUGAUUCUGAUGAUGAUGAUAAUGAUAAUGUUAUAAUCGUAGAAGAUACUGAAAAGUCACAAACAAAACCUAUAGAAGAAAAAGCUGCUGCAGCUGUAGAAAAAGGAAUGGAUAAUAAACAAUUAGUACCCUAUUUUAAUCGAUAUAUACUACUUAUAAGAGAUCAACGACAUCAAAAACAAACAUUUACCGUAGAUCAAUUACAUGAAUUUCUUACUGAGCUUUUUAAUACACUUGAAUAUAAAACUAAUCAAUCAGAGGGUCAAUUAACUUUUACUACUUGUCAAAUUUGUUAUGAUGAAGAUAAACCAAUGGUUACUAUGAAGACUUGUAAUCAUUGUGUACUUUGUACAGAUGAUUUUAAUGAAUAUUUAACAGUACGUAUUCGUGAUGGUGAUAUACUUCCAUGGAUUCCAUGUCCAGCUGAAUCAUGUUCAAUUCCAUGUCAUGCAGAAAAUAUAGUAAAAGAUGGUCAUUUAAAAUAUUUCGAACUUUUAACAUUUCUGACAACAUAUAUGUUAAAAAAAUUAAGUCGUAAUGAAAAUUUUAUUACAUGUAUUCAUUGUGAAAGAGGUGGUUUUCUUCAAAUGGGUCCAUCGAAAAAACAAAAUGUAACAUGUCCAAUAUGUACUCGAAAACAAACAAUAGAAAAAGGUGUUGAUGGUGAUCUUGAUAUUGAUUUUAAAAAAAUGAUUCAAACAGGACAACUACGUGAAUGUCCAACAUGUCGACAUUUAACUUUAAAAGAAAAAGGUGUAUGUAAUGUAAUUGAAUGUGCAAAAUGUGGUAUUUGGUGGAAUUGGAAUACGAGAGAACAAGGGCAUAAUGGAACUGAUUUAAAAAAUCGUGCUCGAAUGAAUGGAACACUUUGGGAACCUGGUGAACUUUAUUUUCAACAACAAUUAGAAAUAGAAAAUCCAGAAGAAUUUAAAGCUUUAUUAGAACGAAAUGGUAUUACAUAUGAUCCAAACUAUGUACGAGUUUUAGAUACAAUGUAUUCGAUAGCUAAUAAACCAGAAAAAUGUCAUGAUUGUGAAGAAAAUAAUAAUAAUGAUGGAUGGUUUAUUUGUCAAGAAUGCCAUCGAAUAUUUUGUAGUCGACAUAGUAUUAUUCAUCGUCAUCAAUUAAUACAAACACCACCAUCAACUGAACGAUAUAAUCGUCAUGUUCAUUUAGAUCAAAUUGCUGAAUGGGAACGAAAAGCUAUUGAGAAAAUACGAAAACAAGCAGAUGAUGCUCGUCGUCCAUUAAUAGCACCACCAACACCAAUGACUGAAACAUCACCUUCACCUAUACUUGUUAAUGAACAACAGUCUGGUCCAUUCACACGAUUAUUAACUGCUUCAUCAAAUUUUGAAAAACAAUCACCUAUUAUUGAUGAAUAUGAAUUAUUAUCUGAUGAAACAUUAGAUGAAAUGAUUGGUAAUAAUCCUUUAACAUUACCUCCAGAUGAAAUAAAUAUUGAAGGACAUAUUUCAUUUGCAAGUCAAUAUCCAUAUAUGACUGGUAUACAUCGUCUUCGACUUUCAAUUGAUAAAUUUAAUUAUCCAUUAUCAUGGGCAUUUAUUGGUAUUGUAUCUGAAGGUAUUCAAAUACAAAAUCAAGAAGAUUUUAAAUCUACAAAUCGAUCUUCAUUUGGAUGGCAUUUAGGUCGACAAUCUAUUAUUUAUAAUCGACAAACAUCAACUUCAUAUAAUUAUGAUGGUCGUCAUAUUCGAUCAGGUGAUAUUUUAACAAUUAUUAUUGAUUGUAAUCAAAAUAAAAUUGAAAUGAAAAAUGAAAGAACAUUAUAUACACAUAGUAUUUCUAUUGAUAGUAAUUAUUGGCCAUUUCCUUGGUUAUUUGCAGUUAAUUUUAACUAUAAAAAUAAGGAUUCAAUGCAUUUAUUGAAAUGA